AUGUCGUCUGAAUCCGAUAAUGACAGUGAAGAAUCAUCCACUGAAUCUUCAGACAAAGAAGAGGAGAUGAGAUGCUCUGGUAAAAAGACCAAUAGAAAGUCUUCAAAUAAAAACCCUGCGUCUUCGAAUAGUAAGAAAUCGAGGACAUUACAAGGGAAGGUGGAUGGUUACCAGUCCAAUGACCUUAAUGCUCAACUCCUAGCUUUAGAGCCUGAGUCCGAUCAUGAUAGUGACUCGGACAGUACACGGAAGAUAAAAAGACUUGCACAACAAGAACACCAUGCUCGAUUGACUCUCCUGAAGUAUCAGCAAGGAUUCUUGAAGCACAAACCACCGUUUACUUACAAUGGUGAGGUUAACAUGUCCACAUUCAAGAAGUGGGUCCAUGAAGUACAUGCAUGGAGGGACAGGGCUAAGCUGUCAACUCCUCAGAGCUUAAGCAUGAUCGGAAAAUAUCUAGGGAACAAUAAAUAUCGAUUCUAUGAGCGAGACAUCCUGGACCUAAAGAAGAGAUACUCGCUCACCAAAUUGUUCGAGCAGCUCUUUGAUUACAUCUUCCCUACCAAUUUCCGAAUGUUGCAAUGA